AUGAAUUUUGAUUAUGGAGUUCACGGAUGGAAUAUCGGUCAUCUGGAAAAACCUGAUUAUAAAAUUCGUUGUUUCUUUAACAUUACGCGUGGAAUUGGAUUUGAUUACGGAUCCUAUGAACAAAGAAUUUUCAUAUUUUAUGGUUGUAUCGUUUCUGCUUAG